GAUCGGAGGAUGCCCAAUUCGGAGGUAACUCGCAGUUAACGCCGAGCCGCUCGGAUACAAAAAGGGCGAAUGCAGUGGGUGCCUCUUUUCCACAAGUCCCCAAUCUUACGCACUUGUGGUAUGGAGUCCUGGGAUUACUACCCUUCCCCGUCAUCGUCUUCCUCGUCGAGCUCGCCUUCGCCCAUGUUCAAGACGGCCAAUCCUGAGCCCACGACCAUCACCUGCCUCCCUACCCACCAGGUCUUUGACUUUCCUCUGCCUUCACCGUCGCCUCCACCUGCUUCACAGUCGCAGAUGGAGGAUUCGACGACGACCGAGACACCAGUAUCAAAUAAACGGACGUCGCCUACUCCUCAUUCAGUGACCGCCAAACGGCCGCGAGAACGCAUGACAACGAGGGACUUCGUCCCACCGGAUGUGUCCGGUUUGUCGAAACGAGAAGCACGACUAGUGAAGAACAGGGCGGCUGCAUUCCUUAGCCGGCAGCGGAAACGAGAAGAAUUUGAGGCCAUGGAAAUUCGGGUAGCCGAACUCGAACUUGAAAAUGCGCGUUUGCAGGCAUUAGCAGGAGGCGCAUCACCACCGUCGCCAUCACCGUCGUCGUCGACCUCGUCCGAGAUCGACGACCUGCGCGCCCAGCUCGCCGAGGCCCAGGCGCUUCUGCAGUCUUCACCCCAACCAGAAGCCAUCAAGGCCGAACCCACUGAAACGCCGCUUCCCUCCUCGUCUUCAUCCAAGUCCGCCUUAAUGGCACUUCUCUGCGCUCUGCCACUUCUGCAGUCGCUCCCAAUUUCACCUUCUCCCGCGACGACGACAUCACCAUCGUCCUCUGCACUUGACGUCUCCUUCGACGCGCAGACAGCCUCGAAUGGUGCUAUUCGAGUGCGCAUACAUGACCCUCAGCCUACCUCUCCUGCCCCUGCUUAUCCGACGUACGAUGAUCCGUUCUUUGGAAUGGGCCUCGACAUGGGAUUCGAUAAUGAUUUUCUUUCCCCUGUUACGGUUCCGACUACAACGUCGCCUUCCCCAUCCCGUCGCGUGCGCAUUGCCCUUCGGAGCACAGAACAGGCCGAGGGCGGCGAGUGGGAGGUCCAGCUGUGCUAACCUCCGAGUCCGACGUAACAUAUGUUAUGUUCGUUGCUCUCUGUAUACCUAGUACCAUAGGACCUCAAUCUAGUUUUCCCCUUUGUUUUGCAUUCACUCUCGAACACGGACUAUAGAAAUCUCCUGUCUUUUUUUUUUCGCAUCCAUCAAUGAUCACUCCCACCCCUUCCCGGUCUUAAACAUCACCCCUUUGCUGAUCUGACCAAGGUCGAAUUGGA